AUGACGACCCUCGCAAAUUCCUUCCAGCGCGACUCCUCCUCCACCGCCGUCAUCGUCCCCAGCAAGCCAGCCGCCCUCACCAUAUCCUACCAGCAGCUCUCCGCCGAAGUCUCCUCUUUCCAGAAGAAGCUCGCCGCCCUCGGCAUCGCCCCCGAAUCCGCCGUCUCGAUCGCGCUCCCCAACUCCUACGAAUUCAUCGUCGCCUUCCUCGCCGCAUCGUGGCAACGAGGCAUCGCCGCGCCCCUCAACCCCGCAUACAAACAAAGCGAGUUCGAGUUCUACAUCGAUGACCUCAGCUCCGCCGUCGCGCUCGUGCCCAAGGGCGCCUUCAAAGAAGAUGCCGCCGCCGUGCGCGCAGCGCGAAAGUACAAAGCCGCCAUCGCCGAGUGCUACUGGAACGGCAAAGAGGUGGUGCUAGACGUCAAAGACAAGGGCAAGCUCGCGGGCAAGGAGAACCGAACCGUAGAGCAGGCGCAGCCAGACGACGUCGCGCUGGUGCUGCACACAUCCGGCACGACGGGGCGCCCUAAAGCUGUUCCGCUCACCCACCGCAACCUCAGCCGCACGAUGAAGAACAUCCAGGCGACGUACGACCUCUCGUCCUCCGACCGCACGCUCCUCGUGAUGCCCCUCUUCCACGUCCACGGCCUCCUCGCCGGCUUCCUGGCGCCCCUCGCCUCCGGCGGCUCCGUCAUCGUGCCCCCGCGCUUCUCCGCCUCAGACUUCUGGGCCAACUUCACGACUCACAAGGCGAACUGGUACACCGCCGUCCCCACGAUCCACCAGAUCCUCCUGAAGAGCCCGAAGCCGGACCCGAAGCCCGAAAUCCGGUUUAUUCGCAGCUGCUCAAGCCCACUGAGUCCCAAGACGUUCCAUGAGCUGGAGGAGACAUUCGACGCGCCGGUCCUAGAGGCCUACGCCAUGACGGAGGCGGCACAUCAGAUGACGUCGAACCCGCUCCCGCCGCGCAAACGGCAGCCCGGCAGCGUGGGAAUCGGGCAGGGCGUUGAGGUCAAGAUACUCGAUCAGGACGGAAAGGAGGUCCCACAGGGUGGCGAGGCGGAGAUCUGCAUCCGCGGCGAGAAUGUGACGAAGGGCUACCUAAACAAUCCGGAAGCGAAUAAAUCGAGCUUCACCAAAGACGGUUUCUUCCGGACGGGCGACCAGGGGAAGAUGGACGAGGAGGGUUACGUCUUUAUUACGGGUAGGAUCAAGGAGUUGAUCAACAAGGGCGGUGAAAAGAUUAGUCCGAUUGAGAUCGAUAACGUGCUGGCGCAGCAUCCGAGCGUAAGCGAGGCGGUGAGCUUCGCGAUUGAGGAUGAGAUGUACGGGCAGGAUGUUGGCGCGGCUAUCGUACUUAAGGAUGAUGCGAAGGACAAACUUUCGGCGGAUGAGCUGAGAGAGUGGCUGAAGGAGAGGGUGGCUAAGUUUAAGCUGCCAAAGAAGAUAUUCUUUACAGAUACGAUGCCCAAGACCGCAACAGGGAAGAUACAGCGCCGGAUGGUGGCGGAGGCGAUGCUGAAGCAGGAGAAGCCAAAGGCUAAGCUGUGA